GCAGCAGCCGCCCUGCGUCCCGCCGAGUGGAGCAGGGCGGGACCGCAGUUUGCCCGCGGAGCAGCCGGAAGUGGCGGAGCCUUCCGGUGUGUGUGUGGGCGGGGGGGAGGGGGUGUGAGGUGCGACGCCGGCCCGGCGACGACGGAGAAGUUGUGAGGGAAGGUCGGUCGGAAGGUGUCGCCGCCGCUGCCGGUGACCGGGCAAGGAGCGGGCAGGAGGAGGAGGAGGAGAAGCAGCAAGGACAGCGACGACCCCCCCCUCUCCCCUCCGCCGCCGCAGCCCCGCUCCCCUCGGAGACGCCAUCAUGAAGAAGCAGUUCAACCGCAUGAAGCAGCUGGCCAACCAGACGGUGGGAAGAGCGGAGAAGACUGAAGUCCUCAGUGAAGAUCUGCGACAGAUUGAGCGCCGUCUCGACAACGUGAGGUCCGUAUGCCACACUUCCUGCAAGAGGCUAGGCAUGUGUUUGCAUGGGCAGUCUGGAACAGAUGCAGAAAAGAGACAUAAAAAGCUUCCUCUCACUGCUUUUGCUCAGAAUAUGCAGGAAGGCGCUCUGCAGCUAAGCGAUGAAACUUUGCUGGGGAAAAUGCUGGAGACUUGUGGUGAAGCAGAAAAUAAGCUAGCAAUGGAGCUCUCUCACCAUGAGGUGCAGGUUGAGAAAGAUAUUUUAGAGCCACUGAACCUCCUCUCAGAGACGGAAAUCCCCAACAUUCAAAAACAGAGGAAGCAGCUUGCAAAACUGGUGCUGGACUGGGAUUCUGCAAGAGCCAGAUGGAACCAGGCCCACAAAACUUCAGCCACCAACUUCCAGGGGCUUCCGUCGAAGAUAGAUUCCCUCAAGGAGGAGAUGGAUGAAGCGGGGAAUAAAGUCGAGCAGUGCAAGGAUCAACUUGCAGCGGACAUGUAUAACUUCAUUUCCAAAGAAGGCGACUAUGCCCGCUACUUUGUCUCUUUAUUAGAAGCCCAAGCAGAUUACCAUAGAAAAGCAUUAGCAGUCUUAGAAAAGGUGCUCCCUGAAAUCCAGGCCCAUCAAGACAAGUGGACUGAGAAGCCAGCUUUUGGGACUCCCCUGGAAGAGCAUCUCAAGCGCAGCGGCCGUGAAAUUGCCCUCCCGAUUGAGGCAUGUGUGAUGAUGUUGCUGGAAACUGGCAUGAAGGAGGAGGGCUUGUUCCGGAUCGCGGCUGGCGCUUCCAAGCUAAAGAAGCUGAAAGCCGCUCUGGACUGCUCCACCUCGCAGCUGGACGAGUUCUACUCUGAUCCUCAUGCCGUGGCAGGUGCCCUGAAGUCUUACCUGAGGGAGCUGCCAGAGCCGUUAAUGACCUACGCCCUGUACGAGGAGUGGGCGCAAGUUGCAAACAUUCAAGACCAGGACAAGAAACUUCAGGACCUGUGGAGGAUUUGUCAGAAAUUGCCAAAGCACAACCUGGCCAAUUUCAGGUACUUAAUCAAAUUCCUUGCAAAGCUCGCUCAGUACAGCGAUGCUAACAAGAUGACGCCCAGCAACAUUGCCAUCGUGCUGGGCCCAAACCUGCUGUGGGCCAAGAAUGAAGGCUCCCUUGCAGAAAUGGCAGCAGCAACAUCCGUGCAUGUGGUAGCAGUUGUGGAGCCGAUUAUCCAGCACGCCAGCUGGUUUUUUCCUGAAGAGGUGGAUUUCAACGUGUCAGGAGCCUUUGUGGCGCUGCCUGCAGUGAAUUCGAAUCACCUGCACACAGGGAAUGACUACGACUCGGGUACCUUGGAACGGAAGAGGCCCAUCAGCAUGGCCGUGAUGGAUGGGGAGCAGCUGAGGAAGGAAGGCUAUGGUGUCAAGGUUAUGGACUUCCAGGCGAACCCCAGGAGAGGUGGCACUAUAAGUAGAAAGCACACAGCCCCAGCUUUCCAGCCACCACUUCCGCCCACUGAGGUUGGCCCGCUGGCGCAGGCCACAGCGGAGCAGCACCCACAGGGCCCUGGGACUGAGCCCACCCCCUUGGGUGCUGCGUCCGCCCCCCUUCCCGGCCCAGCAGAGCAGUCCCAAAGCCAAGGCGCUGAGGAUGGCAGCAGUUCAAAACCAAAGGACCCCACGACUCCUCCGCCCACGAGGAACGGGGGGCACGUGAGCGCUGCUCAGGCCUACCCACAGCCCAGCCCUGGCACCAGCCAGCUCUCCGUGGGGCAGUCGCAAGUCUCUGCGGGGCCCAGUCCACAUGCCGUCAGGCGAGCCGUGAAAAAGCCUGCCCCGGCCCCUCCAAAGCCAGCCAACCCACCUCCUGGGCAGCCAGGGAACCAAAGUGCCCCCUCCGCCCCUCAACCGCCCUCCAUUUCCCCAAAGCCCCCCACGAGAAGCCCUUCUCCCCCCAGCCAGGGAGCCCCCCAGCCCAGCCCUGUCCCAUCCCAGGGCUCUGCCCCCCGACGGUACUCCAGCAGCCUCUCCCCCAUCCAGGCCCCCAGCCACCCGCCACCCCAGCCGCCCACGCAAACAGUGGCCACUCCUCCUCUCCAGCCCAAGGCCAACACUCCCAGCUCUUCCCCGCCUGGGUCUGAGUCCAGCCUUGAGCAGCCCUCGCCCACUCCUCCCCACACGCCCACGCCCCCCGACACCCCACCCCUGGAGAAGCACAACCCUGCAGUCACCUCCCCGGCUCCUCAGCCCCUCGCCCAGGAUGCUCCUCCAGCUCAGUCGCCCCCUCCUCAGAUGGGCACGUUGCCCAGGCCGAGGCCCGUGCCCAAGCCAAGGAACCGCCCCACCGUCCCCCCUCCACCGCAUCCUCCUUCUCACCUGGCUGGAGACGGUCCUCUUCCUGGUCCCCCUUCAACGGCAUCCCGCAUCGUGACUGGUAAGGACUGCUUCUCUGUCAGCUCUGCCUCUGUGAACCUUGUGUUAAAAAAAAAAUCCUGUGCCUGGAGGUGGUUGGUUGGUUGGAUGUGGCUGGAGAAGGGGGAGAGAAACGCUCUCAUCUCCACCACUGGGACAGAAGUGGAAAGAAGGCAAGGAGAAGGAGUUUCCCCAGAAGAAGAGAAAUGGCUCCAAACCCGCAGCAGGCGUGGUUUCAUCUGGGGGGGUGGUAAUUGCAGUCAAUCAAAGAGGCCCAUAUGGAGUGAAAAAGAAGACAGACAAAACUCAUUUGGGGCUUUGUAUCAGCUAACGCUGAAACGCCUUUAAAUCAGAGCAGUUUCACGGCUACAGCUACCAAACGUUUCUUGGAAUCGCAAGUUUUUAUGUGCAAGUUUCUAGAGAGAGAGAGAGAUGCUUGAAGUGUGAAGAGAAAAAUGCUUAAUGGUUGGAUAGAUAAAAGCAAAUGCAGGCUAAUAAUUUUUUAUUUAUUUUUUUGCACUGUUGACCGUAUUUCAAAUUUCUGCAUAAAUCAGAUUUCAAACACUAUCUAGAGUUUUCACACUCAAGAAGGAUUGUAGCCACAUUUGUCUGUGUGCGUGUGCACGUGUGCGUGUAGUUUUAGCAUACCGUUCUUCCCCUCCUCCAUGCCUCCCCAUCAGGACAGCUGCACCACCCAAAAUGAUUCCGUUUCACCCCACCAACAUUGACAAGCAGCAUGCCUCUAAUUGAUCUAGCUUAUUGGAAUGUUUGGGAAGCUCUGUGACAUUUUGUAGCCGUAUAGCUAGGGAUGGGCUCACAAAUAGGCAAAGCCAGGGUUUGUUUUUGUUUUUUGUGUGUUUUUUGCUUUUAUUUAUAAAAAUAUUUCUGUGUCAUGAUGUCAUAAAAUACCAGAGUGGUUUACAAUGCUAAAGCAGAGAACAUUGUUUCAAAAAAUGAAAAAUGCCUAUAAUCUUUGAGGUGGCUGGCAACUCAAAAAUAAGAAUGCAUCAGCGGCAAAAGCCUGCCAGCAUGAAAAGGUCUUCAAGAUAUACUGGAAAGUCAAAAGGGAGGGUGCCUGCUUUAUCUCUGCCAGAAGAGUGUGACUGCCGACAUGAAACACACAACUUAAUCUUGAGACCAGUUGGGCCACUGUGACGUGGAGUCGCUCAUCCCAGCAUGUCAGACUGCAGGAUUUCCUCACAAACUGCCCCAGUCGCCAUUUCAGCACUGCAGAAGCUGUGCAUUUAGAAAGCUCUGUAGAUGCUAGGAAGAGCUUUGUUGCAGCCAGAUUGUGGCUCAAGUCCCUUUCUGUGCAUAUAGAGGAGGAGGAUGCUUUGUCCUCAGGAGUAGCCCCCCUCCCACCUAACGAAGCAGAUCCUCCUUGACACCUAACGAAGCAGAUCCUCUGAAAAAGAAUGUGUUACCCAUUUAGGAACCCCAGGCUGCAUCAGUGCCCACAAAGCUGACCAACGUCCCUGCCAACUUUUAAUCUGGGUUGGGUGCUUCUUAAUUAUGCUUAAUCUCAAAACAGCAUUGUGACGAUAAAAACAAGGCUCUCCUUUUCCCUUUUGCCGUAGGCUGAAAUAGCGCAUGCCCCAUCCUUUUUUUUUUUUUUUUAGCAGACCCUCUAACAUGUUGACCACCUUCCUGUGCUGGAGCUUAAAGGGCGCUGGGAAUAAUAAGAAGCUCUAUUUUUUAGCUGUGCAAAUAACCCAUUUAAUCCCUUCUAGGUUGUAACGCCAACUUGCCAAUAAUAAUAAUUCUAAUUGAGAAUUUUAUUAAAUAAUCUAGAUGUUUGACCUGCAUUGUUCAGUAGGAACUGAGAUUGGAAAUGGUAAGGAGGCCCUUCGAUUGGCCAGAAUUGUUGUGAAUGCAUAAUCAUGGACGCAGCUUCGUCCCUUUACUAACAGGUCACUGUUAACACAGCUUGCUUGCACCCAGGACUAACCCUGCAUGUCAAAGAAGUGAUGCUACCCUUGUGGGUACCUUUGUUUUGCCCCCCUUUCCUCCUUUUUAACACAUUCACCGGAUGUAUCCCAGGAUCCUGCCCUGCCCUGUCCGUUAUUUAGUUUCUUUUCUGUCUGCCCCAUCCAUCCAUACUUGGAAUAUGGAAUGAAUUUCUACUCUUCAAAAAUAUCCAGAGCCUCAUAGAUGGCAACACCCGACCUACAAGGCAGCCCUCCCCUCCCCUUUCUCUGUUUCUCACUAUGGGGGUGGGGACUUGUUGGUGUGUUUUCCACUUGAAACUGAGACUAAGCCUUAGAGGCUCCACAGAUACAACGCUGAAGAUAUUAGCAGCUUCACCGUUAAUUGCUGAACCAUAACUGGCAUUAAUUAAACGUCAUUCCCUUUCCUAGGAACAUGGAGUGGGGAGAGAGAAAUAGGAUGGGGGAAAGGGGUCACUUGUACAGAUUGAAAGCUCACAUAUAAAUGGGAAGCUGUUGAGCAGCUGAGCCCAGUCUUCGGGGCAAGUUGCGACUCUGCCACUCUGCUCCUUGCAUGGAAGUUUGUGCCUGUGGAAGCUGCUGCAGUUGGGUGGAGCUGAGAAAGGUGGCCCUGUGUUGUUCCAAGCCAUCCUCGUAAGGCAGUUGUUAGGGGGUGGGGAUUGUAUUAGGGCAGGAGGAGAACUGGGUUUCAGCUUCCCUGACACAGCCGAAUGCAUUGCAUUCUGCACCACCCAUGGAAGCAUCUGAAAUCUGCAAGGGCUCUGCUCUGUCACCUUCAAGCAGGGCUUUGCAUUUGAAAGGAAGAAGUGACACUUGCCACCCAAGUCCCAGGGGCCUGCAGGUACUUGAAAACAAGCCCUGUUUCCAUGUGCAAGAUGUCAGGUGUGCUUCUAGCUUUUCAAUGUGGUGGGAGGAGUGUCUGCUGGCAUCAGGCUGCUUCUCUGUGCCACACAGGAUUUCAUGGUGUGUUUGCUGCUGCUUCUUUGUUGUUGUUUGGGGCGGGCGGGUGCUGAGUUGCAGUGUAUGGCAAAUCCUGAGCAAAAUGUUUGUUCCAACCCUUCUCCAGUUCCAGGUUCUAGCGGACUUAACUCUGUAAUUCUGCAAGCUUUCCCUUGUAUUUGAGCAAGUCCAGAAGACGGAUAUCAUCCCUACUUUGGGGAUCAGGGUAGCUCCUUCAGAUGAGAUUUCCUUCCUAAAGCAGUGUCUCUGUCCCUCAUGGUGUCUCAGCUAGCAGUCCUUGGGCCCCAUAUAGUUGGACUGUCCUGCAGUGACGCUGUGGUCUAAACCACAGAGCCUCUUGGGCUUGCUGAUCAGAAGGUCGGCGGUUUGAAUCCGCGUGACACGGUGAGCUCCCGUUGCUCUGUCCCAGCUUCUGCCAACCUAGCAGUUUGAAAGCAUGCCGGUGCAAGUAGAUAAAUAGGUACUGCUGCGGCGGGAAGGUAAACAGCGUUUCCGUGCGCUCUGGCUUCCAUCACGGUGUCCCGUUGCGCCAGAAGCAGUUUAGUCAUGCUGGCCGCAUGACCUGGAAAGCUGUGGACAAACGCUGGCUGCCUUGGCCUAAAAAGCGAGAUGAGUGCUGUACCCCAUAGUCGCCUUUGACUGGACUUAACUGUCCAGGGAUCCUUUACCUUUACUUAUUUUUUAAAUUAUAUACCGUAUAUACUGGCGUAUUAGACGGCUUUUGAACCCAGGAAAUUUUUUCCAAAAGUUGGGGGCCCGUCUUAUACGCCGGGUCCAAGAAUCUGCAGUCACCGCAUACGGUGGGGGGAGCUCAAAAACAGCCGCAUCCCCACUGUAUGCAGUGACCAUAUGAACGCAAAGAAGCGUGCUCGGGAGGGGGCUGCUCCCCGCCAGGGAGAAUGGCUCCCUCAUGGCUUUGUGACCUGGAUCAGCGCAGAGAUACAGUUUUGUGUAUUUCAUUGGUGUCAAGCUGCUGCCUCUUCUCUUUUUGUCAGCGCAAAGCAAAGGGAUCUCUCCGUCUCUCUCUCUCUCUCUCCGCUCUCUCUUUCACUGCUGCUCAGCGUCUUUCGCUGGCUGUGUGAGCCUCCGAUGUCUCUGCCCCUCUAUCGCUAUCCUCUCUAUGGUUUCUUUCCCCCCCUUUUGCUCGGUGUCUCUGCCUCCCUCUCCCUCUCCCUGGCUUCUAUUCCCCUUUUGCUCACUGAGCCAGCCUCGUUGUCUCUCUCUCCGCUCUCUCUUUCACUGCUGCUCAGCGUCUUUCGCUGGCUGUGUGAGCCUCCGAUGUCUCUGCCCCUCUAUCGCUAUCCUCUCUAUGGUUUCUUUCCCCCCCCCUUUUGCUCGGUGUCUCUGCCUCCCUCUCCCUGGCUUCUAUUCCCCUUUUGCUCACUGAGUCAGCCUCGUUGUCUCUCUCUUUCACUGCUGCUCAGCGUCUUUCGCUGGCUGUGUGAGCCUCCGAUGUCUCUGCCCCUCUAUCGCUAUCCUCUCUAUGGUUUCUUUCCCCCCCCCCCUUUUGCUCGAUGUCUCUGCCUCCCUCUCCCUCUCCCUCUCCCUCUCCCUCUCCCUCUCCCUUCUUUUGAUCGAUGUCUCUGCUUCUUUAUCUCUCCUCUCUCUGGCUUCUUUCCCCCUCUCAAUAACUAAGCAAGCAAGCAAACAAACAAACCACCAUUUCCCCGGCUGCAGACUUGAGUGCUGGAGAAGACAGCCUCCCCUCCCCUCCCCGCCAAAAAAGGGCUGGAGUACAUCCCAAAUUCUAUAUUUUAACUUGAAAAGUAAGGGGUCGUCUUAUACGCCCAGUCGCCUUAUACGCCAGCAUAUACGGUAUAUGUCCACACAGUUCUUCCAGCAGUUCUCAAUAGACUGCUUUUUAUUAGCUUUGCUUCCUUUGGGUAAACCCAGGGAUAAGGUUGUGUAUAUAUAUAUAUUUUUCCACACUUACAACACUGUACAAGUUCAAGAUCUGGAAGCAGGGCAAACUCUCAUCACUUUUAAGGUCUGUUCUGCAAAGAAUUAGACUCAAGCCUUUAUGGCUGCAAGAUGCAUUUAAAAGGAUGUGGAUUGGUAUGAGGGGAGGGAUGGAUCCAAAGUUCCCAUGGGGCCAGCAACCCAACUCCUUGCUUUUCCCCAUAACUAGAAGAAUAAAUGAAUGCAAUUUCUUGGGGUGGGGGGGGGGAAUGCUUAAUUUCUUUGGGUCAUAGAAUCCAGUGUUUUCUUGGCACAGUGUUGGGGUGGAGGAGUUUUAUACAUAUACAUCCCUGCCCAUAAGCUUCCAAACACCUCUUCUCUGGGUCAGCCUUCCCCAACCUGGUAUCUUCUGGAUGUUUUGGACUACAACUCCCAUCAGCCCUUGAGGGUGACGGGAGUCAAGAGUCUAAAACAUGGCCAUGGGGGUGGCUUGGGGUGAUGGGAAUACUAAUCCAAAACGACUGUGCUGGCUGGAGCUGAUGGGAGUUGCAGUCCAAAGCAUCCACAAGGCUCCAGGCUGGGGAACGUUAGUCUUACUUUCUGUCGUCUCUGUUCACAAGUCUGUGCCCUUUCAUCAUUGGUGUUGUGUGUUUUCUUUUUCCCCCCAUGUCUUCU